AUGGGCUUUAUUGAUGGUUUUCAAGCAAGGGGUGCUCUAACAGACAAUGCAGUGGAGAAUGGGUGGGAGAUUCACUUUAAAAGAGCAAGUAAGAAGGCAUUUGAGGCAGCUUGCAAGAGUCCUUGCAAGUGGUUCUGUUCUGGGAGCCUAGUGAAGAUGAAUGGUUCUGUAGUAAUUAAGAAACUUGAACCAGAGCACACAUGUCCUAGGGCUAUGAGAAACAAGAUUGUGACCUCAAACUGGAUUGCCAGAAAAUACUUGCAUGUGUUUAGAAUCCGGCCAAAGUUCAGCUGUAAGGAGUUGGGGAAGGAAUUGAUGCAACGGUUUGCCUUUGAUGCAACCAAAUGGAGUUUAUACCACUCCAAGAGAAAAACAAUUGACAUGCUGAGGGGAACGGUGGAAGCUCAUUAUGCAAAGAUGAGGAGCUAUGUUCUGGAGUUGAGUAAAGCUGACAGAGAAGGGAGGUUCGAACUACAUGUCGAUGUAGGUGAUGUUUUCAAGGCUUUGUACAUUGGUUUUAGUGGCCUACGAAAGGGAUUCAAGGAGGGAUGUAGACCUGUAAUUGGGCUAGAUGGGGCAUUCUUCAAGACAUAUCUUGGUGGGAUAUUGCUCACCGCCGUAGGGACUGAUGGAAACAAUCUAAUGUACCCCAUUGCUUGGGCUGUGGUUGAGGCUGAAAAUGAAGUAUGCUGGACUUGGUUUAUUAAAAUUCUGAGUGAGGAUUUGACAUUGGGUGAAGGAGUAGGCAUUACACUUAUCAGUGAUCAGCAAAAGGGCCUGGAAAAUGCAGUACAGAGACUACUUCCAUUGGCUGAGCAUAGAAACUGUGCAAGGCAUAUCUAUGCAAAUUGGAAAAAAACUCACAAAGGUCCACUUUUGAAACAGCACUUCUGGAAACUUGUUAGAAGCACUUACAUGGAAGAGUAUGAGAUUGCUUGCAGAGAACUCGAGAAGGAAGAUGGACAGGCAUAUGCAGACUUAAUGGACAAAAACCCAAGCAAAUCUGCUAGGAGUAAACAUGUGUUAGACAUGCUAGAUGAAAUGAGAACCAAGCUGAUGGGGAGACUUUACAGAAAAAGUGUAGACAUAGAGAGUGCUGGGGUAAAUUCAAAUGUGUGUCCAAAGGUGAGGAAGAAAAUUGAAGCUAUGGUCUAUGAGAGUAGAAACUGUACUACCAUUCCUGCAGUUGGUGGUAACUUUGAAGUUAGUCACUUUGAAGAUAGGUUUGUGGUGACUCCUUCGUUAAGGAAGUGUGGGUGUAGGAAAUGGGAUUUGACUGGCAUCCCUUGUAUCCAUGCAUGCGCUGCUAUACACUUGCUCAAGCAGACUGUAGAUGAUUAUGUCCACGAAUACUACUCCUUGAGCAAGUACACAUCUGCCUAUGGAUAUGGAUUGCCAGCAUUAAAUGGGGAGAAGCUCUGGCCUCAAGCUGAGGGGUACCCGAUUGUACCUCCACCUGUGAAGAAGAUGUCCGGUAGGCCCAAGAAGGUGCGAAGGAGGGACCCAUUCGAGAAGGAUCCGGGCAGACCCAAUAGAAUGAGGAAAAUUUGUGUGAUGACAUGCCAGAAGUGUUUACAAGAAGGCCACAACUCCAGGACUUACAAAAACGAGCCAGUUGAGGUUCUGCCAAAGCCAAAGGCCAAAAUGGGAAGGCCUCGGAAGACACCGUCCAAUGCAGAAGGUGGUACCAUCGCAAUAAGAGGAAGGGCUGGAAGAAGGGGAGGUCGUGGAGGCCGUGGAGGAUGCCGUGGAGUUGUGGAUGGCUCAAUCCCCACGCAACAAAGCAACACCAACAAUGGUUGA